CUCACUUCGAUGACAAUGGGAGGGAGGGAUCGAGUUCGUGCGCUGCAGCUUCGAUUGACCCGAGAUACGAGUUUCUGUUGCCCGAUCUAGCUCGGAUUAGCGCGUUUCUGUUGCCCGAUUCUUGCGCCUAGAGAUACGAGUUCGUCGAAUUGGUAGGAACCAUUUUGGGGUGUUGAAUUUGUGUGCUGCUUUGUGGUGGUAGCUCCAAUUUCGUUGUCUUCUUCUGACCUCACCGGCGUCUGAGGUCGAGAAGAAGAAAUGGGGAGACACGUGUUAGGGGUAAGCUGAUCAUUUCGUGUUGAGUUUGUGCACCAGAAGAUCCAAAAUGAUCAAAAUACUAAGAUGGGGCAUUUUUUUUAUUUUUUUAUCGAAGUUGCGGUGUAAGAUAUGUCAAUUUAGCAAGAGAAAGUAAGGUACUAGUACUAAGGUGUACUUUCCCAGGCAUAGUGGAACAAGCUUGUCGUUGGGCUUAGCAUGCCGGCUGUUGUAUUAGUUAAUUAACGGUGAGCUCGCUUGCUGUUGGUCGAGAUCUAAUCUUGUCCUUACACCAAAUGAUAUAUUCUAAUGGCUCCAUGCCUUGUAGUUGAAAUCGAUGGCCUGUUUAGCUUGAUAUAUUUGAAGGAACGGCAGACGGCCAAACGCUCUUAACAUUUUAUUGAGGAGAAAUCAAACAAACCAAGUACAGAAUAUCUACAAGAAGAAAGAGAGAAAUAAAACAACUCUACUCAACAGCGACUACGUCAAGAAAUAGGAUUCAACGCCAGCCAGCACACUUUACGAGAUACGCUUUGUAGGCCACCUCCAGCUAAUGGUUUCUCUCCUUCCAUACGUUCCGAUUUCAAGAGAACAUACAGGAGCGCCCCACCAAAACGGUUUCGCUGCUGCUUCUUCAUGGCUCUGCUCAUUGAAUACACUAGUUAAUUGGACAUAAAAAUCGCUGAUAUAUUGGAUUGCAGCUGCUCUUUAGUUCCCUUCGUGUUGUGUCGAACUCGAGUUAUAUUCCUCUCCUUGUGGCAGCCUAAGUAGGAGGUCCACUUAUUGCAGCGCAGAAGAAUGACACACCAUGCGAAACUUGUUGAUGACAGCGGGUGGGCGGAAGUAAUGUUUGCCAACAACUAUGCCCUGUUCAUCGGUUACCUGUCCAUGGCCGUCAAGGGUCUGGGUUUCCUGGUGCUUACUUGGACCACCGUGGUUCUUCUCGGUAGCUUCGGCUCUGCACUGCAGAAGAGAGAUUUUUGGUGCCUUAUAUUCAUUACCCUGGUGCAAACAGCUGGGAUCUUCGAUGUCUUUCUGGCUGAAAAGCUGAGCUAUAUUGGGAAUUCAUUUUGGGGCAUUGGGGCUGUUGGACAUAUGGUGAGAAGCAAUACUUUGCAGCAUCAGUGCCAUGGAUUAGAAAAUGUUCUAACGUCUGUUCAACUAGUGGUGUUUUGGAUUCUGUUGUGCCCUCUGGCAGCUGUGUACAUGUUUGGGUUGUUAAUCUCGGCCGGUAUUUCAGUGUGGUGUCUGAGAAAACAUGACUACGGGAGCGAUGCUGAUGGAGUUGUAAACCUGAAGCCAGCUCUGGAAAUCCUCUAUUCCCUUGCUCUGCUCCAGGCUGUGAUUUUCUGCUACAAGGCCAUCUUUGCUUGUGCAAAGGGAUCUGUAGUGAAUGCACUAAUUGAACAUAGAGGAUUUAGUGACCGGACUCGUGUUCCUAUUUCGGAUUACGUACUGAAAAUGACGAUUGGAUGUGAAAAGGACCCAUCGUUCGCUACAGGAAGGAAUCUCAUCACGUAUGCUGUGGACCUGAUGGGGUCAAAGUCACCUAAUGACUACCUUUCUGGGGUAAGGACCCUCGAUGCAUUCGCUAAACGACUGGAGACAGUCAUCAAGAAUUGGGAAGAGAAAAGUACCAUAUGCUCUCCGAAGGAGUUGAAGAGAUUCAUGCAAGAGCAUAUACUCAUGAAACAUCUGAUCAUGUCUGCACCCUCUACCGGUGUACUCCAGAAAUUGCUGCAGACGUUGGGUCGCAUAAGCGUAUAUGACAGAGAGACAAGGGAGGGUGCCGCGAGGAUAGUAGCCAACAUUGCUCUUGACAUCCGUUUGGAGGAGUUCCCAAGGGCGAUCUUCUACAUAUCUUCCCUCAUCGACACAUUCGAAAUAUACCAUCUACUCCAACCAUAUCAGCGAAACUGGGUAGUCGAGACAUUUGAACAAAAUUGGUAUAGAUUAGCUCUCUAUCUGGCAUCAUCAGAUAGUGAUAAGCAAGAGAACAGUGAUGAGGAUCAGCGACAGGACAGUGACAUUGACCUUCUGAACUCCUACAAGGAGCUUGUGGGUCAAGGCCUUCGUAUCCUUAGGAAGCUCGCGAAAAACGAUGUAAACUGCAGAGUCAUGCUCGACACCCCAUGUCUGCUCCGAAAGAUCAUGGCACCAGUGACCACAGACCUACUCCACAACAUCGAUCAUGGUGCAUGGUACAGCAUAGUAGAGGGUUCACUGAAGGUGAUGUGCCAACUCACACUUGCUACUGGGCAGACAGGCAAGAAGCUACGCAGUGAAAUCUCAAGCAGUAAGGAAGCCAUCAGCAUCAUGGAGAUGAUUCUUGAGUGUGACAAAUGCGACGAGAAUGUGCAGAAACAAGUUAUUUGGAUUCUCUCAAACCUAUAUCAGGAUACAUCUUUGAUUUUGGCGGCCGCAAGCAGAGAAAAAUUUAUUGGCAUGCUGCUAGAUACCAUAGCUACCGAUGAUAACAAGGACAAGGAGAGAAAAUGGGAGGUGGCUGCCAAGGCACUGCUGGCUCUAUCUUCUCAAAUGGAAACAAGUGCCAUGAUUAUCUUGAAGGCAAAUGAUAAUGUUCUUGCUAAUCUAACUACAAUGAUUGUUAAAAAGAGCAGAUACCGAUUAGUGGCAGCAAACAUCCUGAAAUAUCUGUGUAUUCAUUACACCAACGAUGUUGAAAGUCGCAUAAGGCUAAAGGAAGCUAUAACCGAUGCAGUUCCAAAGGUGCUUGGAGAGAUAUUUUGUUGGGCAUCAGAAGAAACACAUACAGGAACAGCAGUAGACCAAUUCAGGUCUAGGAAACAGGAAACUGACGUCGAAAACCAAUGUGGUGAUUCACAAUAUAAUGGUUGGUGCAACAACUCGUCUUCCUCUGAUCAGCAGGACUGCGAGCUGAAUGAGUUUGCAGUGCCAUACAUGCUAUCCUUUUGUGUAACAGUAUGUGAUGCGUUGAUCAGUGCAGAUCAAGACUUGGCUCAUCAGUUUGAUGCCAUUAACCCUGGAGAUGGUGAAUAUAGCUUUCCAAGGAAGCUCAAGGAGUUUGUAAGAAAAAACACGCACCCGAGGCCUGACUGCCUGACAGUUGUGAAGCUGGCCUGUAAGAUGUUCAUAUCAAUGAUGAAACACAGAGGCAGCUAUGUCAAAGAAGACCUGGAGAGCUUGAUGGAUGCAUUGUCCAGUGCUUCGAAAUGCAUGUUUCUUCUUGACGGCUCCAUGGUUUUCGACAUCACAGAGGAUGGCGCGAUGACAUCCAGGCCUUUCAAGAGUCUCGCUUCCCUUGUGAAAGAAGCACAUGAACUUAUGGAUAAACACAAUUCACUUUUAAGUUGAGACUUAUCAACCGGUUUAAGUUUAAACUUCAUUAUUCACCUGCUGUUGGCAGGUUCUUUGCAUUGUGAGUUCAUCUUUGUACCUUAUCUGAAAAUUUCUGAGUACCAAUGAGGAAUUGAGGAUAUUUCUGUUCUUUUUCAUGAGGGCGGGAAUAAAAGAAAACCAGCUAUUUAUGCCAA